GAAGACGGUAAUGAUGAUGAUCUGGUUAGUGGGAUAUUUCCGUUGACAGGUGACUUGGAGGAUUCAUACAAUAUUAGCAGUCUGGCUGACGCAGGGGAAAUUCGUGAUUCAAGAGACCACUCAUAUGACCCUUUGAUGAAAUGCAAUUUAAAGACAUGGUAAAAGACACGAAAUUGAUUGUGAACGAAAGUUGUCUCGAUGUACUGCUACGUCAGGUGAAGUGUCAGUAUGUUGAUUGCAAUCUAACUGUGUUUUCAAUUUCAAAACAAAGGAAAGGAUCAGCUGUUAUAAUUCGCGGUAGUUGUCGUAGCGGACAUUCCUCUUUAUUAUGGCAUACACAGCCUAAAAUUGGACGUUUCUGGAGUGGAAAUGUCCUUUUGGCAGCGUCAAUACUCUGCAGUGGCCUAAACUUUCAAAAAGUUCAUGAGUUGUUUGGAAUUUUUGGCUUGAGCACAUUUUCUGAGACCACUUAUUACCGUUACCAAACCAAAUUUCUGUUCCCUGCUAUCGAUAUUGCCUGGAAGCAAGAAAAACAAAAAAUACAUGAAGAUUUGAAUGGUUUGCCAAUUUGUUUGGCAGGAGAUGGUCAAUGUGAUAGCCCCGGCCACUCCGCUAAAUAUUGUACCUACACUGUUAUGGACCUGUACACUGAAAAAAUUAUAGAUUUCGAAGUUGUACACCGAAGCCAGUGCAGUUCAUCGGUAGCUAUGGAGAAGUUUGGAUUCCAAACUGUAAUGGAACGAGUUAAAAACAAUGGCUUUGACAUAUGUGUAUUUGUCUCUGAUCGACAUGUCAGUAUUCAAAAAUUGAUGCGCGAGGUGUACACUGACAUAGAUCAUCAAUUUGACAUUUGGCACUAUGCAAAGUCCAUAAAGAAAAGAUUAAUCAAGGCAAGUAACGGAAGAGCCGGAAAGGAUCUAAAACCAUGGAUAGAAAAGAUAGUCAACCAUUUCUGGUGGUGUGUUAAAACGUGUGACCACAAUGCUUUUUUUUUCCGGGAAAGAUGGAAUUCUGUUCUACAUCAUGUAGCCAACAGACAUGAAUGGGAAGAUGGAGAACACUAUAAUAAGUGUGCCCACCAAGAACUGCGACCUGAAGACACUUCAGUUUUGUGGCUUAGAAAGGAAAGUACUGCUUAUCAAAAACUAGAAGAAAUCAUCAAAAGCGAACAAAUGAACAGCGAUGUACCACACCUGAUCCGAAAUUGCCACACUGGACCUCUUGAAGCCUUCCACAGUUUAGUUUUAAAGUAUAGAACCAAAAGAAUACAUUUUGGUAUAGAUGGAAUGGAAACACGAACCAAACUGGCAAUUUUAGCACACAAUAAUAAUAUCGGAAGAUCACAAGCAGUUGUUCACUUCCCAACUUCUGUGUCAGAACCCAUUGGAUCAAGAAGAACAAAAUUAAUACUUCCGAAGGGAAAAAAACGCUGGAUGGUGAAGAACGUUUAUGAAGCAAUGAGCGUGGAACAUGUUACUCCUAUUUUAGUCGAUUGCUUGAAGUUAGCUGUAGGAGACAUCACUGCAGAAUGGAAGAGUCGAACACCUGAUCUUCCACCAAACAUUGCUAAUGUAGAACGCCCGAACAAGGAAGACAUUCUACGGCAACAUUGGUCACGUUUUGGAAAAAAAUAA